AUGUCUAUUGUUACAAGUGUAUCAACUGAUUCUACCAAUCUUUCUGUCUCCAUGCUGUGGCUUAAGAUAAACAGAGUAAAUUGGUCUAUUUUUGCUACUCACUUUGAAAUAGCUGUGGCAGCCAAAGAUAAGUGGGAUCAUUUUACUGAUACUACUCUUCAUCUAAGCUAUAAUAUAUAUCCUAUUACCAAGGACCAAGCUGUCAAGAUUCAUCAAUGA